AUGCCUGGAGGAAUACAUUUUCUGUUUGGUCUCUUAUUAUUCUAUAUAUUUCAAUGGAUAGCCUUCCUGGUGGAUGCUACGAGAAGAAGGAAACGAUCCCUUUCAUCAUCGAUAGCUAUUAACAAUAACGCCACCACUACCUCCACUGUCCAACAACAACAACAACAACUUGCCAAGUCCAACUCUAAUAGCUCAUCUUCAUCAUCCCUCUCCAAAAUUGCCGAUUCUUCCAUAACCUCAACUGUUGAGAAUCCUUCCAAAGUUUGCAAAACCUUGUCCUCAUCAUUAGAAGUAGACCCUUGUUGUGAGACUAGUAUCAAGUCUUCGUCUACCUCUCUUCCUCAUCAUUCCGAGUGUUGCUAUGAAAAAACAGCAGCAAGUACGAGUACGUACGCCUCUAAACCUGCCUUCUCUAUUGGAGGAGAAGAUGGACUCACACCAAUUCUUCAUAGAAUUUACUAUAGAAAGAGCGACCGAGAAUGGUUCCAAUAUGGUCUUCUUGUUGGUUCCAUAUUACCAGACAUUGACUUGUGUGUUGUUAUUCUUACAAUUAUACUUUCUUUCUUAUUCUUGGGUUGGGGUCCUGAUCAACAUAAGGAAGUUGCUGAAACAUUACACAGAGGUGCCACUCACUCUCUAGUAUUCUUUUUACCACUUUUACUUUACUUUGUCUAUUUGUACAAUGAGAAGGAUAGAAAAUUAGUAGCUAAAAUGAAGAUGCAAACCGAACAAGUGAAAGUUCAAGAGGAAGAGGAUGAAUCCCUCCCAACAGAUUCUGAAUUUUCAGCAGCAGCACCACAAAAGAAUAUUUCACAACAAUUAUCGGAAGAAAAAACAUCGUUGUCAUUCUGGGAAAAACUUCAACAGGACCACGAAUGGCUUAACAUUCCAUUUGCAAUUGGAUUAUUGGUUGGUUUUAUUUUCCACACUCUAUUGGAUGUAAUCUAUAUGAAGGGUGUGAAAAUGUUCUGGCCAAUUUAUACUGAAGAAAUUUUCGUAGAAGUACCUUGGUUAUAUCUCUUGGACAAUUUCAAGUAUCCACCAAUGGUACAAAAACUCAUCAUGACUAUUGAUCACUCCUCUGAAGUGUUAUUCUACUUGGCCAUUAUUUUCUACAGAAGUUGUACAAAGAGAAAUAUGGAAAAACAAAUGAAGGCCCAAAAAGAAAUUAAGGAAGCCAAGCCAAUAGAUCAAAAUUCAAAACAACCAAAGGAAAUUGAAGAACCACACAAUACUUUUAUCAAUUUAUGGAAUCAUUUGAAGAAUUUAUCUCUCAAAGAUUUUAUAUUAGAGUUAUGGAAUGCCUCUGAAGAUGAUUGGGAUUUGGUAUUUAGAUAUGCCUGUGUUGUCCAGCUCGUUGUCAUUUGGUUAGCCUUCUUCUUAAUGUACGUCUUCUUCCCUGACAUUGAUUUUGUUCAAUUUGUCAUUUACAUUUACUUCCCUGGUACAGUUUUUGUUUUAUUGUCACUGUUAGCCCCAUUCUGUUUCAAGACAACUUUAAGUAGUUGGGAUUUUUCCAAUGUUUUCAGUUCAACACCAAGACACCCAAGACCAAUCAUUUCACACCAAUACCAUUCCUCUUCUUCUUCUUCGCAGCAGCAGCACCAUAUCAAGUCCUAUUAAAAAACCUUAAAAUUUUC